GAGUUGUGAAGGUUGUAACUGGUUGUAACGUGCAGAACCGUUACUUUGAAUUUGAAAAUAAGAGAAGUUUGUUAAUAAUAAUUAUUAUUACGUGUUGAUUUUUGUGUCUUUGAAGGAUUUACUGUUUGUAUGAUUUGUAAAUUAAAAAUCGCUCAAUGCUCGUUCAGGACGUUUACACGGCUAUCAAGGCCGACAACGUCAAAAGAGCGCUGGAGACGUUCAAGGCUUUGAAGCUAACAAAAGAAAAUAAAUUCUCGACGUACUUUAAUGUUUUGAAAUUGCUGAACGAAUACAUUUAUAAGCAGGCUAAAGAAAAUAUCGUAAAGAAAAAAGGAACUCAGGAAGUUUACGAGUUGACCAAACAUUGCUGUGACGUGCUCAGCACGACUUGGGAAUGCAAGCAGCUUUCUUUUCUUCAAUGUCUUUAUCACAUUCAUAAGUUCUUAAUUGAUGACCAUCCAUUACAAUCCAAAUACUUAUGCGAAUAUUUUUUUAAGAUAAAAAAAGAUAAACAAAUUAAUAAAUGGGAAGAAAAGGAAAACUUGGUGAUAUCUAAUGUAAUUCAUAACUUCCUGUCAAAAAUGAAUGAACUGGUGCUGGAUUCCAAAUCAACAUUUGGCGAUAAAGAGAAUUCGCUGAAAUCGUGGAUUUUGUACGUUAUGGAGCUUAUCGACCUGCAAUUUUAUGAAAAAAUUUUCAGGCUGUUCACUUUUUUAACAAUGAUUUUACCACGCCUUAAAAACAGUCUGACUCAAAACGAGUAUUUGCAUUUUGGCACCUUGACCUGGAAUUUAUUGGCAGAGUGGUUUGAAAAAAUCGCCAUGGAAAAAUCGAACUUUGAAAUCACCGAAAAAGACUUCAUGGCUUUCACAUGUUUAAUAGAUAAUUACAUAGCGUCAUUGGGUAGAGAUUUGAUUAUGCAGUACUCGACAGAACCGCUAACAAAAUGUAUAAAAAGCUUCAAAACCAUUGGAAAAUUGUACUGCGAUAAAUUGAAUAUUGUUGAAAAAGUCAUUAAGCUUUGUAAUGAAAAAGAUGAGGUCGUAAUCGACAGUCUGUUAUUUGAUUUAGUGCACUUGGCCAGUGAGCCUUGGACGGAAAAGGACCGAUAUGUGCUUUAUAUUAUAAUAGAACUUAUCUCUCUACAUAAACAGCAUUUAGCAAAGAACUCUCCGGCAAUCAAAACAAGAUUGGCUCAAGUGGUAAAACUCUCACUUGCUUUGACCAACGUAAGACUUGAAAAUGUAUCUCCUAAAAGGGCACAAAAUUUGAGUAUUGUUGCAGCCUGUACUGGAUUAUACUUUGUCUUUUCGACGGAUCCUAGCAAAGAGUUAUUACUCCAAAUCUAUGAUGAUGUGGCUCACCUUUUUGCAAUUUAUACAACCAUUGCUAAAGAGAUUGAUACAAAUAGUUAUCUAACAUAUGGAGUUGCUACUGCCAACAACACAAUGACUGUGUACAAAAAGCAAAAUCUAUUCCAACAGUGUGCUUUUUUGGUUCGAUUGAUUAUAAGAUUUUAUUUAAAUUUAAGUAAACAACAAGCAGAAGAAGUUUCGGCUUUCAUCAAUGUAUCUCUUAAUAUUCUGACCUGGAGUUUCAGCUUUCUUAAUUUAUGCAUCGAUGCACAAAUGGCACUGAUAGCAAUUGCAAGUGUUCACCCGAAGUUUUCCCCUUUCGUUUUUGAAACCUGGGCCGGGAUGAAAAACUCCAGUUCUAUCAAACUCGACAUGGAGUCAACCGUUGUGACCAUUAUAAAUCAACAUGGUGAAAAUAUUGAAAAAUCUUGGCCUCCCUUUAAAGUUAACAAGGCUGACUUAAACACUCUUCUCUCCUGGGAAAUAAAAGCCUAUUGCAAAUUCAAGAUGACACAUAAAGAACCUGUUCUGGCAGCUUACAAAAUAGCGGCAAAAUUUGUGAAAGACGAAAAGACUCUUGCAUUUAUAUUAUUGUGCGCUGUAGACUCAAUUUCUUGUGGAGAGGCUGUAUCAAACAUGAUUAACUUUGAAAAAUCUUUGUACAAUUUCAUUCAGCGAUUGACUAAGGUGGUUAAUGGUGAAGAUCACAGUUUAGUAAAUGUACUGCUUGGGAACAUACAUUACCAGUUAGUGAGAUGUGAACUUUUAGAGCUGAGGAAGAAGACCGAGAAAGAAGUAGUCUUGCUUGAUGACAACAUGAAAGCAGACAUCCCAAUCCUUCAGGCUGAUCAAGGCGACGACCUGGACAACACAACGUUCGCGCCUGCAUUCUCCUAUCUCCAACUUGACGCACAGGCUGAUAUUUUUGAAAAGAUGGAUCAGGCCAUAGCGUAUUGGGAGAUUUCGUUAGACUCUUUGACUAAUGACAUUAUUACAUCCAGUACCAUGAGAUAUAUAAAAGCAGUGGGCUACUUGUAUAGGUUGUAUAAGUUCAAGGAGAAGGAAUUACAGAUUUGGCAGUUACUAUAUAAAUUUGCAUCUAAACUCUCUUCUUUAAAGUACAAAACAAUUGCAAUUUCUGAAAUGUUGGCUCUCCAGAUUUCGGUAAAGCAAACUUCUAUUGAUAAAAUAAAAUCAGAAUUAGAAAAGUGUUCUGAGUUGACAAAUAAGCAUUAUGUCUGGCAAUUAUUUCAUGUGAAUCUCGCAAGAAAUGCCUACAACAAAGGAAAUGAAGAUCUCUGCUUGGAAAUUUUAAAUAAUCUUGAUAGUAACUUGAUCAAGUAUAAUUUUUUAGUUUAUGUCCAAUACAAAAUUUUAAUUACUAUGGCUAGCCGGUUCACUAACAACAAUGAGUUUCAAGAACCUUUUGUAUAUUCGGUAGUCAAGCUUUUUGAAAAUAUGCUUUAUUUGGUGAAGUUCGGAUUGUGGAAUUCUUUCAACGAACUUUGUGUCCUCCACUGGUUGUUGCUGGAAACAUCGUAUUUCCUUGGCUCUUUGUACAUCCAUGCCAAUUACGUCAGACAAGCACGCUGUUACACAAAGAGCCAACUGACAGUCGCACAAAGACUUGCCCUGCCUUUGAGAGUAUGUGAUCUUCUUUUAGUUCUCGGACAAGUAGAACUUAAAUGCGGUAACACCAUCGAGUGUGAUUUAAUCCUGAAAGGAAUUGAAACAAUACUCGAAUUUAAACAAAUCGAUUGUGAAAUGGAGGGUCAAAUUAGAGCGUCAUCACCUAGGCUUACGGAAAAAAUCCACUCCAACCCUCAUUUCCUUUCUUCAGAGUUUCACCAUUUAUGUCUUUAUUGCAACAGCAUUGACUAUAAAACUCAAGCUUUAAAUGCUGUCACUCUCAGAGCAACACAUCUAGUUUCCAAAGGGUUUUACAGAAGUGCAAAAGCAGUCUUCAAUAUUGGUCACAAGAUAAUAAAUUAUUUGGAUCAAAAAAGUACUGAACCUGAUGAAUUGUUCUCCUUACUGCAUAUCAGCAAGGUUCAAUUUUAUUCUGCUUUUUGUUGGGCUUAUACAAUCUGGGAAGAGUAUGACAAUGCACUCAAAUACAAUUCCAUUUGCUUAGAAGCCUUACUUAAUGCAAAUUCUGAAUGUGAAGAUCUUAGGUUAUCCAUCCUCAGCCAGAAAAACAGCAUCAUAUGGAAAAAAGAGGCCACUGGGGACAGAGUAGAACAAGUAAAUCCAAGAAGGAGAUUCCAAAAUAAACCAGUGGGAGACAAGACGCCAGAAAAUCCCGAGUCCUUUGUAAAUAUAAAUAGAAAUACUAAAACUGUUAAAAGUUUCAUCACCCCAAGGCCGAUUCGCCGUAAAAAAUUGGAUAUGGAUAGUUUAGAUGGAGAUGAGUUUUUAACACCUUUCAGUUCCAGUGAUACACAGGAGAAUGAAGAUGGUUUAGUAUCAAAGUCAAAAACAUUAAGACCAAGGCAGUUGAUUUCAUCUCAACAUGAAGCUAGGCCUAGUCAAAACAGACAGAACAAUUUUGCAGUGAAAGCAAAUACAGAAAAAAAGAACUUAAAAGUAGGCCUAAAUCAGCAUGGAUCUUCUGUCAAGCCUGCAGUAGCGAUUAAAGUUUAUUGUGAUGACGAUGACAAUAACAAAAAAGUGAAAACAAGUAAAAAAUUAACAGCCAAGAAAAAUAUACUUGCAGUACCUUCUACUUCUAAGAAGUUGGCUAAGAAAAAUACUGAAUAUAAACAUAACUCUGGUGCUAGGAAACUUAUUUUUAACGUCGAUGAUAACAAUUCCGAUGAUGAUAUUGAACUGAUUUCAGUACAAAGGAGAGUAAAACCGCACGAGAAUCCCAAAGUGUUGAAAUUUGUUGAUUUAACUGAAGAUACGGUAAUCGAAGAAAAGAAAAAUGACAGCAAAAGUCAGUCAGAAAAUAAUGCUAAUCAGACUAAAGACAGUAAUCAAGAGGGAAAGAACAGCUUAGAAGAAAUUUCAAUUAUUGAAAGGACACCACCUAAGUUGACCAAUAAAUCCAGGCCUAAAAUCAUUCUCACCCCCCAAAUAAUCUCAGACCAGUUCGCCAGAUUGACAGUAAGCACAACUAAAGCGAAAAAGGCGCCUGGGAAAUCAAGUGAAAGGAAACCAAUGUCCAAAAUGCAAAGUCGGCGGUUAUUUUAAUACGAGUGCCAAGUCUACAAGGAACUGGAGAUUUUUAUGAAUAAAUAUCUUUUAAAUUGUAAUUUUCAUUCAAUUUUAGUAAAUUGUGCACAUAGUAUCUGUAUGAAAUGAU